AUGUAUACACUUGUUUUGAUACCAUUACGUUUUAAAAAUAGGAGCCCUAACCUAUUAAGAGCUCUUUAUUCUUCACAACCACAACAGGAAUCAAAGAAAGAUAUAGGCAAAGUAGUUAAUGUUGCUAUUGUAGGGGCUCCCAAUGCUGGAAAGAGUACACUCAUCAAUAAAAUUGUGGACAGAAAGAUUUGUGCUGCUUCAAACAAAGUUCAUACAACUACUAAAAUGGUUAGAGCUAUGUGUUAUGAUAAGGAAACUCAAAUUGUAUUUUUAGACACACCUGGUGUUGUAAAUAUGAAGGAGAAAAAGAAGUAUAAAUUGCCAGAAUCCAUGCUUCAAGCCUGUCAGAAAAGUCUCAGAUGUGCCGAUGUAAUAGGUUUAGUCCAUGAUGUAUCAAAUCGGUGGACAAAGAAUUAUUUAAAUACAGAUGUAGUUAAAAUGGUUGAAAUGGUGAAAGAAAUUCCUAGCUUCUUAAUUCUUAACAAGGUUGAUGUUUUAAAGUCUAAAGCACAGUUAUUGACAAUCAUUAGAAAUCUUACCAAUGGUAUAAUUGCUGGUAACCCUAUACCAAAUACAGAUAAAAAUAGUAAAUUAGAAAAAGGUUACAGCUAUUUUUCUGAUGUUUUCCAGGUUUCUGCACUGAAUGGUGAUGGUGUUGGGGAUAUUAAGCAAUACUUGAUCAACAACGCAAAAAUUCGGAAAUUACAUUAUUCGCCAACCGAAUGGUCAGAUCAGACACCUGAGAGGUUAAUAGAGGAAGCGGUUAGAGCGAAGUUUCUAGAUUUUCUAGCGAAUGAAAUACCAUACAAUUUGAAGAUACAUUUGGAGUAUUACGAUGAAAUUGAGGAAGAAGAUAGGAUUUUAUGUUCAGUAGCUGUUGAAUGUCCUUCAGAGAGAUUGGCUAGAUUAAUAAGCGGCGCGGGCGGAGGCAGGCUUCAACAGAUCAAGUCGCACGUCAGAAAUGACCUCAUGGAAAUGUUCAAGAAAACUGUCAUCAUAGGUCUUAAACUGCAAGUUAAAAGUAAACCCGAAAUUGAAAAUGUUGUAUAG